GUUUCGCUAUAAGUUUGCAGUCAUUUAGUCUGACUUUGCGCUCAACACUCCUAUUGACGUAACCAUACAUUCAGUGAUUCAAUGAUUGCAUACAUUGUGUGAAUGCAUUGCAUUGACAGUCAUUGCAUCACUCAUUGCCAUCCAUCACAACAUAUCUCCCGCUUUAUGCCAUCAUAUCUGCCAUGGAUUACCUCAAAGAUAAAGUCGAUAACCUCAAGAUUAUUGUCUUUGAUUUAGAUUAUACCCUAUGGCCUUUUUGGGUGGACACUCACGUCACACCACCCUUUCGUACCGAUCAAAAUGGAAAAGUGGUCGACGCUUAUGGCCAGAAAGUCAAGUAUUAUCCAGAAGUUCCUGAGGUCUUGCAAACCUUGUCUUUAAUGGGAUAUACAUUAGGAAUCGCCUCUCGGACUUCAGCCACUGAAGAAGCGGAACAAUUGUUGGACUUAUUUGAUUGGAAUAAAUACUUCACUUAUAAGCAGAUAUAUCCCGGAUGUAAGACAACUCAUUUCAAUCGCAUCCACAAAGACAGUGGCGUCCGAUUGUCUCAAAUGAUCUUUUUCGACGACGAGAUCAGGAAUAUUAGAGAUCUUAAAGCCAAAGGAGUGACGAGUAUUCUAGUGAAAGAUGGGGUCAACAAAAGAGUGAUCUCUGAAGGCAUCAAAACAUUUGUGGCCGAAAACAAUGACUCGGAAUGACCCGGAAUACCGUGACUAAUAGUCUCAACUGUGUUUGUAAUAUAGUUAGAAUUCAAUUGAUUAUAAUUCAUACGGUUUUGUUAAAUAGUUUACUUAAAUAAACAAAUAUUUUGCAAAA